GAUGCUGUGUGCCUUGCAAAUUUCUGUGACAUUAUGCGAUGUGAUGUACUGAGCGUCUUGUACAACAGAAAUAAAAAGUUAUUAGGCCAUAGUAUAGAUGAAAAUAUGGAAAAUAAAUUGAAAAAAGAAAACAAAUCCUUCCAGUCAUCAGAAUCCUGUGAUGAACAAAAACUUCAAAAUUUACAGAACAAAUGUAAGGGCAUAAUCCGACAGUGCAUUAUUGGUUUGUUAACAACUCUUUCUCUGAAAGAUUUCCAAGAUAUUGAAGAUGACUUAACAAAUGCUAUAUGUUCCUACCUGACUUGUGAACUUUAUUGGGAAGAUUUUCAAGAAGACGUACGCCAUGUUCCAAUACUUUUCUGUAUAAUUAUUGGAAUAAUUGUGAUUGGAGGAUUCUGUUUAUGCUAUUAUAUGGUUUGGGUGUUGUUUGAAUCUCCUCAUCACCCAAAUGUAUGCUGUAAUGGUUUGCAUGUAAACAAUCUCAUUUAUAACAAUCAUUCAGGAACUUAUGUUCCUUACAGUAAUUACCAUAGAAUUACAGGAAAGGGAAUGGAUGGAAAGAAGAAACUACCAUAAAGAAGAGACGAGAAAAUCGAACAACCUUUGUGCAUAUUUUAUAAAUGUCAUACCUUGUGUGUUCAAGUAGAAUUUAAUAUGAUUGAAUUCUGUCGAAUAUGAAAAAUGUCACUUUUUACAAUUUAAAUUGAUAUUUUCAUUACAAAUUUUGAAUUCAAUGUUUGAUAAAAUAUCUUAUGAACUUGUAUUACUGUAAUAUAAUUAUUUCUACUUGAUACACUAUGCAUAUAUUGUAUUUCACUUUUGCACUUCUCUUUUUUAAAAUUUAAAUGUUAUAUUCUAAAUAUGAAUGUAAAUGUUCAAUUAUUAUAUUAAAAAAUAAUUA